AUGAGUGAAAACGAAUCUGGUCCUACUUCUAAUGGAGUGAAGAGGAGAAGACUCUUCAGCCCAGCCGAUGAUUCUAAAUUGAAAUCAAUUCUCACUGAUUCUCCAUUUAGAGGUUGGAAAAAUGUUGCUCAACAAAUGUCAGGAUUUACACCAAAACAACUUCGUGAUAGAUGGAAUAAUUAUUUAUCUCCGAAAAAUACAUUCGAACCGUGGACUGAUGAAGAAGAUAGAAUUAUUGUUGAAAAAGUAUUAAAAUAUGGGACAAAAUGGUCUCUGAUAUCAACUUAUUUGCCUGGAAGACCAGACAACAGCAUAAAAAACAGAUGGAACUCUGUUUUAAAAAAUGAAUAUAUGAUUCAUCCAAAAAAAUAUCUAGAAAAAAUGAAGGAGAAAGAUGUUUCAGAAAGUAAGGAUCAGGAAGAAGAGAUCCCGGUUAGUGAGUCGCCAGAGAAGUCAAAGGAAAAACCACAAUAUUACCUUGAUAAUAGAUUUGUCGAACAUUUCUUUGAGCAACUUCCGAAAUAG